AUGUCUUCCGUCGGGUUGAAAAGGGUCUCGCUGGGCGAGGCUGCAGCCUUAGGACGUCUGUAUGACGCACGGACAGACUCCUUUUUGCCAUAUUCAUUCCUGAACGACCUGCUUCCAGAGCCUGCAAUCACCAGAGAGACUCGGUCGUCCUCACGAUUGAGUGUUGUCGAGACCCAUGAUCUCAAAGACAGAUUUGACGCUAUCGGAGUGCAUGCUGACCUUGGUGCCAGCAUAAUUUCCGGCCUGGUUGUUCCGGGAGGCUCUGCCGGCUCUCUGAUGGAUCGACACGAGAGCAAUUUCACAGUCCAAAUGUCCCUCCAACAUCUCGUCACAACAGUUCACGAGAAAAUCAAUUUUGCAAGUCCCGGAUUUCAGCAGUGUAUUUCCCAAGAGAAUAUUCAGCUAGGCCAAGCAACACAUGUGGUCUCAGAGACAACAUGGGGUGCUCGGAGCAUCCUUACAGCGAAUUAUCAAAGAUCCGCUGGGGAAGAUGAGAAUGCUGUGAGAACCCUACUACGAGAAGAGUACGCCAAAAUCGAACAAAACAUCGCACAGAAUGAGACCCUAAUCGCAGACUUGUAUACCAUGCGUGACCUGAGUAAGUCACUUCGGAUUCGUCUCCACACGGACCUGUUGAGAAGCAGUCCGUUCCAGACCGACCUCAAGGGUGCUUGCGAGUUCAUGCGGAAUAUACCAAAUCAGCUUUUAGAGACCAAUGGAGGGUGGGGACAGCCUGUCAUCUACACACUCCUCCCGAUACAAUGGCUCUCGCUGAUAUUAUCCUUCGAGUCCACGGCCGAAAACAUAAUCGUCCAGCCCAGCGAGGAUCAUUUACAGGAGUACCUGAGAAUGUUUGAAGAGAUCAGGAGUGCACAGAGACGACUGAGGGAUUACUGGUCCUAUAUUUCUCAUCGGCGCCCUCUCGUGCCAGAGGAACAUGUCCGCGAAGUUUCCGAGUCUUUUGAUCGUGCAAAGAAAGCAGAAGAUGCACUGAAGGUGCAAUAUGGCAGUACUCUCCGCGAUGUUCGAAGCGGUCGGACAGGCUCGAAACAAAUGGCGCAGGUACUCGACAAAUUCAAGAAUGGCCAAUAUUCUCCAGUGGAGCUUACUGCUGUGGCAGAUGUAUAUGCCAGAAAGCUGGGUUUCAUUGACCAUGCGACAAGAAAAGGGGCAGAUUACUUUCCAAGCGAGAGUUCGGCGCCCACGCCUCGCGGCCAUGUGUAUACUCUUUACUUCAGCCGCAUCGCUAUGGACGAUAAUACAACUUGGGGGCCGAAUUCGCACCUGAUUUUCAACUUGCUCCGAGACCAGGGCACCCGAAAGGCCGUCCGGAUUGUGGACUGUGACCGGAGUGGGCGGUCUAUCCAAAAGUCCAAUAUCACGUACCAUCGCGAUGGCACUCUGAUCACAAAUGACUUCAAAAGGCUGCAGGAUUUCCUUAGAGACAAAUGCCUGAUGGGUUUCGAUGAGGCUCAUCUUGAUACAUGGGGAGUCAAGAAACCGAUAGAUCGGAAACCGGUCAAGCUGCCUUGUCCGGGACGAGGCUGUGAGCCACGGGCGCAGCUUCAGUGGAUCUGUUCUCGGUGCUACUCUACCAUCGACUAUGGGCAGCGAGAUCACUACUUGUAUUGUGACUGUGGCCGUACCAAAUACCGCUACUGGGGUUUCAGAUGCAACGCACAGUGCCAUGGACCAGAUUUCGAGCGAUAUGAUGACCGUCCACUCUUACAGUUGCUUGAUGCCAUGGAUCCUUUUGAAGAGGUCAACAUCUUGAUCCUUGGCGAGACAGGUGUCGGCAAAAGUACGUGGAUUAAUGCAUUCGUCAAUUAUCUCACCCACGCUACUUUGCAAGAAGCAAUGGAUGCAAGUCAAAUAGAGCAUGUCAUUCCAUGUUCGUUUGCCACACAAAAGAUUGACGAGAAUGAUCCUCUCAAGAGACUUGUUCAGACCAGAGUUGAAAUCGGCGCCAGGGACGAGCUUGAACACGAUGCGUCCGAUGGCCAGUCUGCUACACAAAAGGCCAUGACCUACCCUAUUUUCGUUGAUUCGGUAAUGGUCCGCUUGAUCGAUACUCCCGGUAUCGGUGACACCAGAGGGCUGGAUCAGGACAAAGCCAACAUGGCGGACGUUCUGUCAGUGCUAAGCAACUACAAGGAGCUGCAUGGGAUUCUGAUACUCCUCAAGCCAAAUAACUCUCGAUUGAACGUCAUGUUCGAGUUUUGCAUCAAGGAACUGUUAACCCAUUUGCACCGCAACGCUGCUCGCAACAUGGUAUUCGGUUUUACCAACACUCGUGGUUCGAAUUAUCACCCUGGAGACACCUUUAUACCACUCGAGGCUGUGUUGAAGCAGUUCCGAGAUGUCAAUCUAGGCCUGUUCCAUGACACAGUCUAUUGCUUCGACUCGGAAAGCUUCCGAUACCUCGCCGCUCAUAAGCAAGGGGUCAAUAUAGGCAGCUACGAUGACUAUUUCCGAAGCUGGGAGCAGUCUGCCACCGAGUCACGGCGGUUACUCAGUUAUAUUCGCCAAUUAGAGCCGCAUCAAGUGAAGAGCACUCUCAGUCUGAAUGAAGCUCGACGCCUGAUCCUUCAGUUGACGAAACCAAUGGCUGAAAUAGCACAAAAGAUCAAUGAUACCAUUGAACUGAACCAACGGGACAAUGAACUCUUGCGGAACAGCAGAUUAAGCAAGGACGAAAUGCUCAAGAAGCUUGAUAUUCAGCAAAACUCGGUGGUGUUCAGUCCAGUGACUCGUCCAAAGACUGUCUGCACCAAUGCGAACUGCAUUAGAAAAGUCGACACUCCCGGCCCGAACGGGGAGGAUACUGUGCACAAGAGUCUCUGUCACAACCCUUGUUGCCUGACUAAUGUUCCCGUUGAGAGAGUGGGAACUCCAGAGUUGGUGAGGUGUGCGGCUUUCGCGGGCUCGCAACAUUGUAAAAUCUGCAGGCAUCAUUGGACAGAACACAAGCAUAUUCUGUACGAACACAGAGAGACAACAAAGACGAUCAAAGAUCCGAAAGUCGAGAUGUUGUUGCAAGAAAAUGCCAAGGUGACUACUGUUAUCGAGGCAGCAAUCAAGGCCAAAGAGGACACCAUCGCAGAGUUCAGGCACGAGCAUAAAGAGAUCCAGAAGGCGGCAGUCCAGUUCAGCCUCUGGCUCAAGCACCAUUCCAUCACCCCAUACAACGAUGCCACGCUGGAAUAUCUGGACCAUCUGAUCAAAGAGGAGAAGUCCAAGGUUGCGAUUGGUGGUAAGAGACAACGACUGGAUGCCUUUGAACAGUAUCGGCGCGAAUACAAGGAGCUUGUCAACCUUUUCGAAUCAAACUUUGAUAAAGGCAGAAACGAAGAGCUCCUGGACGCGAAGGGCGUCGACAAGCUUGUGAAACAACUGUAUUCUCUGAAGCAUUAUGGCGCGGACCUCCGCAAGCUGCGAGACGCCGUGGUCAUCGCUCAUGCGGCUUCAAUCCGCGAGAGACCAUACCAUGUCAAUGCGAGGAGAGGCUAUGGGAUUUCCGGGAUUGGCACAGGAUCUUUCCAGGCCUCGAUCAGAAGUCGUGCUCCUUCAAAUGUCGGAAAUAAAUCCUCCGCCUCGCUGAAAGAGGAAGUGAAGGAAGAUGGUUGCCCGACAAGAGGCAUGUAA